ACCAAAUCCUCCGCGCGCAUGCGUGUUGGGAGGCUGGCUGAGGCGUGUGGUUGCAGACGAGGCGCCUAGAAUGCCCCGCCCAGAAUGUAGUGACGUCAGUGGCGGUUUGACGACCCCUCUCUUCCAGGGAGAGAAACACCUCAGCAGGCGCCGGAUGUGAAGGUCCUGUGGUGGGCUAAAAUGGAUCAACCCACAGUCAAUCUGUGGGUGAAGAUGGAACCUUUCAUAGUGGGAGCCUUGCAAAUUCCACCUCCAUCCAAGUUUAGCAUGCAUUAUCUCCGUAAGAUGUCAACGUAUGUCCGGAUACGUUCUAGUGAAGGCUAUUAUCCAUACCUCUUGUGGCCUAUGUGGAGACACAUUGCUUGUGGAAAGCUGCAGUUGGAGAAAGAUCUGGCUUGGCUUUACUUCGAAUUAUUUGACAGUCUUGUUGAACGGACCUCAGAGGAGAGACUGGAGUGGGCAGAGAUGAUAUCCAGCUGUGCAACAGAAGAGGAGGCAGAGAAGCAAAGGAAUAAGUUAUCUGUGGAUACCCUUCAAUUCCUGCUGUUCCUUUAUAUCCAGCAACUAAACAAGGUUUCCCUGAGAACAUCUCUGCUUGGAGAAGAAUGGCCAAGUCCUAGAUCUAGGUCUUAUAGUCUAACUGGAGAAUCCACCAAUCAAAUUAAGAAUUGGAAUGACAGCUACCAUCAAGAGUUUGUCCAAAACCAUCUCCAGGAUCUUCUGGAAUUGUUGCUGGACCCAGAUCAGCUCACUGCCUCCUCUCACUCUACCCACUAUAGUCUGGUAUCUCCUGAUGCCGUUCGAGCACUUAGCUUCCUUAUUGAGGGGUGUGUGAACAAAAACAGGACUGUUCACAGUUUGCAUGAGCUGGCACUCUGGCAGCCAUUACAUGCUAAGACUGGCUACUCAAAGAUCUCCAAAGCCUUCUCUUUCCCCAAACUAGAGUCAUGGUUGAGGGCUUGCCUUAUUGGCAACCCAUUUGGGACAUCAGCCUGUCUAAAGUCUGGAAAGAAACUUGCAUGGGGACAGCAAGCUGAAGGAACAGCCAAACGAGCCAGGAUAGCCUGUAAUAUUCAUAUGGUUCCUUCAGCACACCGCAUAGUUGUGAUGAGCCAAGUUUAUAAGCAGACACUGGCAAAGAGCUCCCGUACCCUAGAAGAAACCCAUGUCAAGAUUCAUCGCUGCUGUGAAUCCUUCAUCUAUUUGCUAUCUCCACUGAGGUCUGUGACCAUAGAGAAGUGCAGGAAUAGCACCUUUGUUCUGGGCCCAGUACGGACAGUUGUUCAUCUUCAUAGCUGUGACAAUGUCAAAGUUAUUGUUGUUUGCCAUCGUCUUUCUCUUUCAUCAACCACCAAUUGUACAUUGCAUGUUCUCACUCCAACUAGACCUCUCAUCUUAUUGGGUAAUGAAGCAAUAACUUUUGCUCCCUUCCACACUCAUUAUCCAAUGCUUGAGGACCACAUGGGGAGGACUGGAUUGGCUACCGUUCCCAAUUACUGGGAUAAUCCAAUGUUAGUAUGCAGAGAGAACUAUGAUGAAAAUGUGUUUAGACUCCUUCCACCGUUGGAAUUUUACCCCUUUGUUGUUCCAUUUGAAAUGGAAGGAGACACAACAGAAAUACCUGGUGGGCUGCCACCUGCAUACCAAAAGGCAGUAAAUCAACGAGAACAGAGAAUCCAGAUCUGGCAGAAAACUGUGAAAGAGACAGGCUUGACAAAAGACCAGAGGAAGGCAUUCCAGAUGUUGGUGGAAAAUAAGUUCUAUGAAUGGCUAGUCCAAACUGGCAGUCUUCAACAACUUGACAGCCUGGUGCUUCCUGCUGCAGGUUCUAAGCAGGCAGCAGGAUAGAAGAAUAUUUGAAGUGAACACAAUGGUUAGUUCUGUGACUGCAUUGUGCCAAGGUGGAAGUAUUUUCCCCUCAAUAAACUGGGGCUACAUCAGUUUGAAGAUUUUUCUGACAUUGCUAAUGAAUUUGGAAAUUCGGACUUGCUUGGCAGCAUUCUGAAGGAAGAG